AUGGCCUCCCAGAACCGCGACCCCGCCGCCGCCAGAGUCGCCGCCGCUCGCAAAGGAGCCGAGCCCAGCGGGGGCGCCGCCCGGGGCCCGGUGGGCAAGAGGUUACAGCAGGAGCUGAUGACCCUCAUGACGUCUGGCGAUAAAGGGAUUUCUGCCUUCCCUGAAUCAGACAACCUUUUCAAAUGGGUGGGGACCAUCCAUGGAGCAGCGGGCACAGUAUACGAAGACUUGAGGUAUAAACUCUCCCUAGAGUUCCCCAGUGGCUACCCGUACAACGCGCCCACGGUGAAGUUCCUCACACCCUGCUACCACCCCAACGUAGACACCCAGGGUAACAUCUGCCUGGACAUCCUAAAGGACAAGUGGUCGGCCCUGUAUGACGUCAGGACCAUCCUGCUCUCCAUCCAGAGCCUGCUAGGAGAACCCAACAUCGACAGCCCGUUGAACACACACGCCGCAGAGCUCUGGAAAAACCCCACAGCCUUCAAGAAGUACCUACAAGAAAACUACGCAAAGCAGGUCUCCAGCCAAGAGCCCUGA